AUGCGGAAGGGGUAUCUCUUGAAGGAGGAUGACCCCCAGGACGCCGGCUCCACGAAGGCUUUGCCCAUCUCCCAGUUGAAGGCUUGGACAAAGGGCCGGGCAUGGGUCUUCACCGACUUCGAGUUGAAAGACACGGUGGGGAAGGGCACCUUCAGCCGGGUGCGCGUGGUGAAGAUGAAAUCCAGCCAAGAGAGGACUCCCAUGGUGCUGAAAAUUCUCCGGAAGGGUGACGUGAUCCGGCUCAAGCAGGUUGAGCAUGUAAAGGCCGAAAAGCAGAUCAUGUCAAUGGUGGAACAUCCCUUCAUUGUCAACCUGCUGGGGGCCUUCCAGGACGACGAACUGCUUUUAAAUGAUUACUCAAAGGGGACGAAUCGGGGGUGUGGGAGCCCAGAGUGCCGGUCGCAGCGUCCCUCUCCGAAAGGCGAUCACGUUCGGAUCGUUGCCGGCUUUCCUGAAGUCGCGAAAUUCAGGGUGUUUUUCCACUCAGUGCUGUGUGGUUGA